UGAAAAAGCACCUGUUGCUUUGAAUGCUUGACCGGGUGUCACAGAGUUAUGCCCUGUCCAGCUUGUGGCGAGGACCCAAGCGGGACAGAAUGGAAAUGGGACCCGCUCAGGUGGGAACUCGACCCACCCUGCACAGAGGCUGAGUGGCGAUAUUUGGCAGACUCGACGGGAGCGCCUGAAGUGAUGACGACUCAGCAGUGUGCCUACAUGAAGAAAGUAUGCCGCGGGUGCUACAACUCAAGGCUUCUCAUAAUGGCGAAGGUCCAGACAAGGAUAAGAGCCAAGGGAGGACUUGAGGAACUGGAUCCAUCAAUGAAGAUGCGAAAGGAGUAUGAAGCUGCUCACGCCAACGAUUUGCUCAAGAACCGGGCAGCAAAGAUCCAUGGAUUGCAAAGUGCAGACCACUUCAACGGACAAGUUUGCAGGCUAAUCGUUAAGGACUCCGAAAGUGGGCGCUGGACAGUUGAAUUUGUCAAUGGUGAGAAAAAGGCCAUCAGAGAAAGCAAUUUGCAUGCCUCUCAGGAUGUCGAUAUGGAAUGGGAAGCCGCGCGUGUCGAGUAUGCGGCAAGCAACUCCACAUCUGCACAAACUGACGGAAAGCCAGUUGGACGCCCCCUGGGGACUCACACCAGCUGGGAAAAGGGCUUCCAUCCAGGUGCAGUGGUUUUCCUCCAGAACCUCAAGACGAAGGAAUUAAAUGGAAGGAAAGGAAGGUGCAUCAGCUUCAACAAGGAGGCUGGCAGAUACGAAGUUGAUUUGGGGGAUGAAAGGAAGACGCUCGCCUCAUGUUGGAAGCUGCCAAGCCCGGCUGCUCCACGCCUGUUUCGAAUCUGAGGCUGCUGAAGAUUGAGAACCUCGUUCCGAACCUAGUUCUUUCACUCGUCCGCCCGGGAGAAGGACAAAGUGUGUGCAAGGAGAGAAAGA